ACAACAAAGAAGUAGAAGAAACGGACGUGGUGUUAUUCAUUUGCUGCGAGUGAACAAACUACUUUUUCCAUUUCUCGAUUAUUCCCCGUUGCAGGAGUGCCGUGAAAACGCACCAUUUCCGAUGUCCAAAGCGAGCGGAACGGGAAAAACAUAAAACCUUCCCCCGACCCGCCCGUCCGCGAUGGGUAUCCGCAAGUGCAUCGUACCGGAGUGCCCGUCGUCCUCGGCACGCCCGGAAGACCGUGGCGUUACGUACCACAAGAUACCGUACCUGGACGAAAUGAAGCGGCUCUGGAUCGUGGCGUGCCACCUGCCGGACGAUUACUUCGCCACGAAAGCGUCGAACGUGUGCAGCCGCCAUUUCCGGCGGGCCGAUUUUCAGGAGUUUAAGGGCAAGAAGUACGUGCUGAAGCUGGGCGUCGUGCCGACCGUGUUCCCCUGGACGGUUACGAAACCGCCCGGGGAAGCGGCUAGUAGCUCCAAGAGCCCGCAGAAAACCGCAACAAAGGGGAAAGAUGACGCAAAAGGUGCGAAGGCGGAAGAAACGGAGGAGGGCGAGGUGCCGCACGAGGUCGGCGAUAUGGACGGGGAUAUUGUGGUGAAGGAGGACGCGAAGGUGACGGCACUGCUGAAGUCGGAACAAGCGCCAAAAGGAAUGGUCACGCCGGACCGAAGCAAGCCGAAAGCGGCCGCUCCGUCGAAGCGCCCGACCAGCAGCAAAAAGGCGACGAAAACCCCGGCCAAACAAGCACGCACUGCUGAACCGGUUGCAUCAUCCACACCGAACCGAAAGCAAACGCCGAAAAAGGGCGCCGGCGGGGAAGCGAAACUGGCCACCGCGAGCACGGCAAAGGAAGAACCGGUCGUUCCGGACGAGCCCGAAGCGGGCGGUGCGCCGGAAAAGCCGAUCGAUUUCACGCCCGGCAGCAAGAUCGAGGCGCAAGAUUUCAGCGGCAUCUGGCACGCGGCCAAGGUGGUGGAGGUGGACACGGAGGAGCGCGAGGUGCUGGUGCAGUUCGACAAGACGGACAAGCUGAAGUCGACCACGCAGGAGGAGUGGAUCCCGAUGGACAGUGUGCGGCUGCGGCCGAUCUCGAACGCGAUCUACAGCGUGGGCGAGAAGGUGUUUGCCCGGUGGAGCGAUUCGCGCAAGUUUAAGGCCACGAUCAAGAGCGUGCUGGAGAACCAGAUGUACGAGGUGGUGUUUGACGACGGGUUUGCUAAGAUCUGCAAAUCGACGCACAUUAGCCGCAUCAAGCGGUCCGAGGAUGCGAAGGGCGACGGCCCGGAGCGGGAGGUUGCUGGCGCGGGAGGCGCGACGGAUGUCGGGGCGACGGUUAAGCCGGAACCGCUGGAGCAUGGGGAAGGUGGCGAGGCGGCGGUGGAGUCACUGGUUUCGCUGAAUCAGCUGCGCAUUCCGCAGGUGGUGAAGUUGAGCGAGCUGCCGGAAAUACCGCAGAACGGGGAGUGGUGCUGCCACUGGAUGAACGACUAUCCGGUCGGGGAGUCGUCCGAGGUGGACCUGCCGGGCGGGCGGGUGUACACCGUGAUCGUGCCGGACUGGCGCAUGCCCGAGGGGUGGGUCAAGCACAUCUUUCAGCGCAUCACGACGUACGGCAAGAUGGACAUACUGCUGAUCAGCCCCAGUGGGAAGGUGCUGCGCUCACGGCAGGAGGUAAAAGCGUACCUGGCCGAAGUAGGCGAAGAGUACGACCCGAACCGGUACGACUUCGGGCUGCACGUGAAGCGGGCGAAGCAGCUCGGCUUCUGCCACUACACGCAGGAGUACCGCGACAGCUUCCUGCCGAAACCGGCCACCGAACCGGUGCUGCUCAACACGGAGGUGAACAUUGGCGCGGUGAAGGUGAAGAUCAUUGAUAAUUUGUUCCAGUGCCCCGAGGAGGAUUGUUUGAAGACGUUCCGGAAGGAGAACCAUCUGCAGAUACACAUCAAACACUACCACAAGGAGCUGGCGAAGGGGCUGGGUGACAUUCCCAAUAUGCAGGAUCUGGCGGCCUUAAGGACACCGAUCGAGCUGCUGGAAACGCCGAAACCGGUUAGCCGCAAAUCGCAGACGGCGGCCGCCGGCGCAACGCCGAAAGCUUCCACCGCCCAGCCCGCACCGGUUAGGGAGGAAAUGAGGGAAGAGGAGGAACUGCUACCGGCGGAAAUGUGGGUAGAGAGUACGGUGGUGAUGUCCGACGGCAAAGUGGAGGAAGCACUGAAGCCGCCGCGGGAGAUAAAGCAGGAAGCGGAGAAGGCGCCCGAAUCGGAAGCGUCCCUAAUGGCAAUGGACACCGAAGCGUCGCUCGCGGAGGAAUCAUCGGCGGACGCUAGCAGCACCGUGACCGCCUCCACCCCAGCCUCCUCCAGCAAGUCGAAGGGUUCGAGCAAGGUUACGAAAAUUAAGCUUUUCUCGCAGAAGAAAGCAGCGGGCGAAGGAGGAAAGAAGGUGGUACGGCACGGGCUGGUAACGAAGAAGAAAGCGUCCGGCGGGUCGAAGAAAUCCAAGCGCCCGAAACCAUCGCGCCGCCCGGCAGCGAACCGAUCCGCACCGGCCCUGCUGCGCCCGAACGACACUACGCUGGCGGGGUCGUUUGCGUACGGGAGCGGCGGGUUUCAGAACGAAACGGUUGGGGGCAUUUACGACGAGUCGAUCAAUGCCAGUGUGGCGGGCACGAGCGGUGCCGCUGGUGGGCUGGUGGACGAGAACGGCGAGGUGAUCAAGAUAGUGCGUAUGCGCAAGGAGGAAAUCAUCAACUGCCUGUGCAAGGUGACGGAGGAGGACGGGCUGAUGGUGCAGUGCGAGAUGUGCCUGUGCUGGCAGCACGCGUUCUGCCAGAACAUCCGGCACAGCAGCGAGGUGCCGGACACGUACGUGUGCAGCAUCUGCCGGUAUCCGUACCGGGGGCGGGCGUCGAAGCGGUACGCGCACGACCAGGACUGGCUGUACGAGGGCAAGCUGCCGGUGGCGAAGUACCACGUGACCAACUCGCGGCACGCGCAGCGCUUCGACAUACUGAAGAACUCGCACACGCUGACGGGCAAUCUGCUCGAGCUGAAGCGCUUCAUGCACAGCCUGCAGAUGAAGAUUAACAUUGCGGAGAAGAAGGACCACCCGAAGAUGUACCUGUGGUCGAAGAAGUGGGAAAAGAGUCCACCGCGUGGCGAUGGCAGUAGCAGCAGCUCGGCGGGAGGUGGUGCUGAUAAGUCACUGCAAGGGGAUGGUGCGACUCAGCAGCAGCAGCAGCAGCAGUUGCCACAGAUCCCGGUCCCGGAGGCACCGAUCGAUCCGGCCGAGUGUCAGACGAUUCUGCUGGAUCACAUCCAGAAGCUGCAGAACGACGCGAUGGGACGGCUGCAAGCGAUCGAGGCGCAGAUUAUCGGAUUGGAAGCGUACGAUGAAAAGGCGGACCUGCUGGAAUCGCCCACCGCCAAGAACUACCCGAAAACGAAGCAAACCAUCCAUAUGCUGCUGAACGAUUUGCUGAAGAUGAAGAAGAUCGGAGAAAUCCACUCGGAUAUGCAUAGUCUUACGAUGUAGCGAGGGCAAACACUACCAAAUGUUUUGCGUUAGCGUUAAGUUUUAUAUAGGCCUUGUUUGAGCGGCUAUACUGUAGCUUUAUAGCUAUAAUUUGAUUUCCGUUUUUCAUUUGCGCGUACAGUUUGCUGUUUUUUUUUAAACCACAAUCGAAGUUUAUUUUUCAUGCUGUGUUUAACUCUCCCGGAAGCGAUAUGUAGAAUAUCAUUUUAAGCAUGUAAGCGAAUAGAAGAAUAGUUUUUUUUUUGAGUUUAGCAUUUAAUUUUGGAAGAUUUAACAUACAUACAUUUGAGUGUUAUAUGAAUAGUUUUAGCUUAGGGUUUGAAGAUGCUUUUAGAAUAGAAUUUCUAUUCAAUUCUCUAUUUUAAAGUGUAGGAUUGAUAAUCCUUUUCGAUUAUUGGUGCAAACAGUGGAACGAAUAAUUGUUGGGUAGAAUUCUAUGCAAAAUCGAAUCACAUGACGAGUGUCACUACUGACUCGCCAUAGUAAACCAACAAAAUGAAAACGUUUCGCUUUGGCAAGUAUUUUAUGGCCACGCAUGAUAAAUGUUGAGACAAUUUACAUAGUAUGGACAUAAAAGACAUGUAUAAUAUA